CCUCCAGGCCGUCAUCUAAGCUCCUGCUCCUGCUCGUCUCAGCUGCUGCUGCUGUUUACCCAACGCCGCCUGGCAGCUUGUGCUCGCCGCACGCUCUGGAUUAUCACACACACAUGGGCAUGCUUAGAUGCACAUACACACAUGCACACACAUGUACAUAUACUCCUUGAUUUUCUUCAGGUCUUUUAUGAAGGAGAGGGAAUUGGUUUAUUCAUUUUUAACAUUUGCUGUGUUUGCUGUGUGGAGAUAAACUUAGUAAAACACAAUUUUUUUUGUUGCUUGUGAUGGAUCACACGCUGUUUGGCUGCCUGCGCGGCCCCCACGCUCCUCCUCAGGCCCUGCACCCGGCCUUCGCCCUGCACAGCCGCUCCGAGCACCUUUCAGCCUACCCUGAUCUCUCAUCUUCUUCCUCAUCCUCCUCUCCCUCCUGCGUGGUCAGCUGUUACCCGGGCGAUGAUGGGCUCUUCGGAGGGCACGGGCACGGGCACCAGCGUGGACCCCCGAUUACCCAGCAACAUCACCCUGUAACACCCCAACCACAGCAAGGCAGCUGGCAUAUACCCCAAAUGUCCAAUGUGUCGAACUGCAAUGUGCGCUUAGGCCUGGGAAUGGCAGGGACGGACUCAGGCUCCUCAGAUAUGGCACCUGGUGGCCCGAGUCUCUGUGCCAGUACACCCAGUCUUGGUGGAGCCGUGCCCUCAGGGGUCUCCUGUCUGCCUGGCGGAGAGUUUGGGCGUCAAACGCUAUCUCCAGCAGAGGCAGAGAAGAGGAACGGAAAGCGAAGGAGUGAUAGUUCAGAGUCCCAGGAUGGAAAUUACAAAUCGGACUCGAGUAGCAAGCCCCGGAAGGAGCGGACCGCCUUCACUAAAGAACAGAUCCGGGAGCUCGAGGCAGAAUUCGCCCAUCACAACUAUUUGACCCGAUUGAGGCGUUAUGAAAUAGCGGUAAACUUGGACCUGACGGAAAGGCAGGUGAAAGUAUGGUUUCAGAACAGACGGAUGAAGUGGAAGCGAGUGAAGGGUGGACAGCAAGGGGCGGUGGCGAGGGAGAAAGAACUGGUGCAUGUGAAAAAGGGGACUUUGUUGCCUUCUGAGUUUUCAGGCAUCGUUGGACUCCACCACAGAGCAGAUUCAUUGAUUAACGAGGACAGCCAUGACAGCGAUCAGAGCUCUGAGCAUGCUCAGUUAUGAUAUGAAGAUGUCUGAUUUACCCCUGGGAUGCGAAACUGGGGUCCUACCGUACCCUAGUGCUAUCAAAGUUGCUAUUUAUGAAGAGGAGCUAUAUAUUGGGUCAGCAGUCCAGGACCUUUAAUCCCCAAGGCUGCAUUUCAAACCACAACUGGAAGACCUGGAGGACUAAAGGGAAUGUCCCUAUAAGGAUUUUUGUUAGCUGAUAGCUGAAUGACAGUGCUCAUGUAUAAAGAACUGAUAUGUUUCAACAGACUUUUGAUUAUGUAAAAUAUGUGCAUGUGCUUUAUGAUUAAAAAAAACAACAACAAAGUGCCUUGCUGUAAAUUAACAGUUAAAAAUGACAGUUUACAAGUGGAAUAUUGUAAGAGUUGAGACGUAUAAAUAUGUUACAUGGCUACAGGUUUUAAUUCAAUAAGGAAUGUGGGUCUUGUCAGUGAAUGUUAUUUCUAAUUUGGUUAAAAUGUUGAACAUUCCAUAAAAUGUGCCUUGUGUUAAAGUGGAUCUACAGUAUGCUUUGGUUUGCACUGUAAACCAUCAUUCAGUUGUUUCUACUAUAUAUUCUGAAAAUCUUAAUGUAUACGGAAUUGGAAUUCAACCCAGCUUGUAUGAGAAGCAAAACCCCCCAUUUAACUUCAACUUUAAGUUUUAAAUUUGUGUAAAUAUCGGUGUGACUAUUUUCUUACCAACCAUCUCACGUUUGCUACUUUCAUCCUAAAUAAAAUUGUUGCUGGUUUUUCUUU